AAGUUAAAAAAGCAUAUAAAGAGAACACUGUAUAUUAUGAGUUAAAACAGUCCAUAAAGAGUAAAAACAGCCUUUAGAGAGUUGAACCAGCCCAUGAAGCGUUAAACAGCCUUUAAAGAGUUAACAGAGAAAUCGGAUAAGUGCAGAUUGUUUGGCUCUAAUUUUAAGGUGGGUGGCACAUUGACCGUGUGUUUCGAUAGGGCCCGCGACAGAGGUGAAUCUCGCUCUCGCUCCAGUGCACCCCACUCCUAUCUUCACCUCAACCUCUCCUCGUGGGUGAAAGGGGGAGUUCUCUCCUCCUCCUCUCCCACCUCUCCCUGGACGCUCCUCCUUUCUCUCCACCUCUUCCGGGAUUUUCACACUCCUUUUCCCUCCGUCCGUCGAGGGAGACUCUGGAUUAUUAACCGACUUCAGACUACCAACCCUGGAGUGUGCCACGAUGCCCUGCCCAUGGGUGUGAGGCAGGCGCUCGACCAGCCGUCCCGAUGCAUCUGCUGUUGCUCUCCACCGUGACCUCCAUCCUCUGGACCGUCGCUCGCAUCACCUCCGCGCUCAAACCCUCCGGUGACAGAGAGAGCCUGGAAGACUGCCGCAGCUGCCUGGAUUGUUCCCAGGACAACGGCUGUGUGCGUUGCCCCGAGCGACUCUUCCUGUUCCUGCAGAGGGAUGGGAUGUCCCACCAUGGUGUGUGUCUGCAGGCCUGCCCCCCCGGCCACUACGGACAGAGAGGGAAGCAAGCCAACAUCUGCAUGAGGUGCAAGUCUCUGGACUGUGAGCAGUGUUUCAACAGGGACUUCUGCACCCGGUGCCGUCCUGGGCUGCAGCUCUACAAGGGUCGGUGUCUGACCCGCUGCCCCGCCCGCACCUUCCACCACCACGGAGACUGCUUGGAGGACUGUGUGUUGGUCCCGGGGGGGGAAUGGGGGGAGUGGACUCCCUGUCUGCGUGGCGGCGCCCCCUGUGGCUUCCGCUGGGGCCGACAGAGGAGGACCCGCCAGCCGGAGCUGGCCCCCAAUAGGCCUGAAGAGAAGUCCGAGCCCCCGUGUCCAGUGCACAGAGAGACACGCAGCUGUAGGAUGAAGAAGAGAUGUGAGAAAGAAAGGAAACCAGGACUUGGGAGAAAGAAAGAGAAGAAGAGAUUGCUGCUUCAGUCCGGUGGAGUUCCAGAGAUAGAGACACAGACACGGCGAGACACACAACCGACGCGAGAGACACAACCGACGCGGGAGACACAACCUACGCAAGAGACACAACCGACGCGAGAGACACAAGCAGAGCGAGAGACGAAACCAACGCAAGAGACACAAUCGACGCAAGGGACACAAUCGACGCAAGAGACACAAGUGGAGCGAGAGACGAAACCAAUGCAAGAGACACAAUCGACGCAAGGGACACAAUCGACGCAAGAGACACAAGUGGAGCGAGAGACGAAACCAAUGCAAGAGACACAAUCGACGCAAGAGACACAAGUGGAGCGAGAGACACAACCGACGCGAGAGACACAAGCGGAGCAAGAGACACAUCCGACGCGAGGGACACAACCGACGCGAGAGACACAACCGACGCGAGAGACACAACCGGAUCGAGAGACACAAACGCAGCGAGACAGACAGACGGAGCAAGACAAGCAGACGGAGUGCCCGACACAGACGAUUGGCUAAAGAUUGACACGCUCACACGUAAACAAACGGCAUAUGUAUGGCGGCAUAUCACUGCCAAAAAAAUAUAAUAAUCGAGAGCAAACACAACUAACACAUCCGUGCACACAAUUCAUUAUUACAAGCACUGUAACGGUACUCAUGCUCAGUAAUUCCCCAAUCUCACAUAAAGUGAAGAAGCAGCCAACUGACGCACCCAUACGCACAAAUGCUAUCUUUGCUCUCGUGCUCGCAAAAGGUUUUCCUGCACGCUCUUAUAUUUUUUCCUCCUCAAUCAGAUAUUUCUUCUACGAAAGAGAUUCUGACAUUAUUCUUCCGAAUUCUCAAACGUCCCUUAUUUAACCUGUAAGAUUUAGUCUGUGAGAUUAAAGCCAGAAUUCUGACUUUAUUCUCAGAAUUCUGAUUUUAAUUCUGAUUUUAAACAAAAAUAAUGACAGCGCUUAUUACACUUCAUUAGACGAUCGCUGUCUUAUAAUUUCACUAAACUACGUUACACGUUCUACUACGAGGCAAUGCAGUACUUAACGUUUAUAUUUCCUGGUCUGUUGAUAUUCUAUAUACUCUAAGUAUAUUCUAAGUAAUACCAAUAUUCAAGGCUGGCUAUGGUUCACUGCGACUGACGAUCCGGCUUUUAUUGAAGAGACACAUGGUAAUAUGUUCUGUUAAGGAGUGCCAGCUGUCUGAGGUGUCCCGCUGUGCUUUAUUGUUCUCUACACCAUGUUCUGAGACAUCAGCUCUUGAGCAGGCUCUUUUGCUUCAUACAGGGGCGUAGCCACAUGGGGACACCCCCCCCCCCCCCCCCCCGAGUCUGAAAGAAACAAAUACAAAAAUGCUGAACGGCAUAAAGGAAGCUGAAAUAUAUGCACUAUUAGUUUGAUCUAACUUUGACUUAUUAUUUUUAUUCAAAGUGUUAUAUUUUGACAUCAUGAAUAAAUAUUGCACUUAAAAUAGCCCCCCCCCCCGCCCCAUAAUGUCCUGGCUACGCCCCAGGCUUCAUAUAACCCAAGAAAUGUCUUGUCCGGGCUUGUCCGGCAACAUGUAAGCAAUCACAUUCAGCGAUACAACGUCGAUGGCCUGCUCCUCCCACUGAGGGCCAAGAAGAAAACCACAGAGCGAGAAGAAAAAAUAUCCAAGCGAGAAGGUAAACACUUAGCGAGACAUUGUUUAGUAACCUACAGACUAACCAUAACCACAUUAAGUAUGUAAUAGACGGAUAAAUAAAUAUAAUAAGAGACAAGAAUCCCAUAGGUAAGUACAAACAUACUGGCAUAUUCAUCAACUCUAAUUAACACCAUUUGCCAUAUAGUGUUGUUACAUUAUUAUACUGAGGUCAAGGGUCAUACUAACAUCACCUUGUGCACAUCGCCGACCCAACACAAGUUCUGUUGAUAUUAUGUAUCUUCCUGGUCUCGAACCAUUCGUAUUUCUUCAGUAUUUAUUAUGUUGAGCGCAGCGAAGGUGCGGUGGGGUGUGUGUGAACGACGCGUGUCCUCAGCCUUCAGGAGAAGCUGCUUGUCUUUUGUUCCUCUAAUGCCGCUGGUCUGAAACCGACACCUGCUCCCCCACUAUGGAUGUAUGUUUCUAAUAAAAGUAUAUUUUCAUAAUGUAUUCCUGCACAAACUACCCGUUGUGUUGUGGUAUUUCUGCUUUCAACGAUAUACAAGAUGUUGAUUACCAGAGUAUAGAGUUUGAUGUGAAGGAUUCUAUGCUAACCUAAGUAGACAAAGGAGGAGACGCCACUUUAUAAACCCCAGACGGGAUCUCGUCUGGGGUUCACAGACCAAACUUAAAAAAAAAAACAUUCAAAAGAAUUGAAGAGAUGCAAAUAAAAACUAAUAUAUGGCAAGAAAAAAAUCCAAACGAGGGCUCAUAUUCACAUUCCUUUGUCCUGCUCCUUCGCAGAACCGCUCUCUGACCUGUUAAGACUUUAAUCCAGAACACAACCAGCAUCCAAACACACCAAUGACCCUGUUCUGAACCGACGCCCGGAGAAGAAUUAUCUUUUAAACCUUUAGCUGUUGAGCUGGCAGAGUUUUUUAGACUAAUGAGUAGCUUGACUAAAGACAUCCAGACAAAAUACUGAGAAACCCAACAAACCGGAGAAGAAAGUUUAGAUCAAGCAUGGGGUCCUCGACACUGCAGUAGCAUAUCCCCAAUGGAGUCUACCAGUGGUGGUCCUUUAGCUGGACAACAGAACAUACUCAUGCAUAUCUACACACUCACAGAUCAGAACAAACACGCACACACAUCU